GACGAUUUCGAAGAUUAUUCAGAUGAUUUUGAAGAAGAAACCGACACUGAUAAUGAUAAAAAUAAAAGUUCAGAUGAGGAGAAUAAUGCAAGAAAACAAAAAAAAGUACAAUUUAUGCAUUCUUCUAAUUCUAUACAACGAAAAAUUGAUUUUACAAAUGCGACAACAAUAAAUUGGGAAAAAAUGUCCGAAGUAGAAAGACGAUAUAAAAUGUUGAAACAUUUAAUUGGAAUGGGAAUUGUACAAUUUGAUUUAUUGGAUCAUCAUCUAAUUCAUGCGAACAAUUUUUAUGCGCAAAUGUUUGGUAACACGAAUUACACUCAG